CUUAAGAAUCCAAUGGAGUCGUUGAAGGAUAAAGUUGCUAUUAUUACAGGAGCCGGAUCCGGUUUCGGUCGCUGUACAUCUCUGCUGUUUGCCAAAUAUGGAGCAUUAGUAGUUCUAGCUGAUAUGAAUUUAGAAGGAGCCGAGGCAGUGGCUGCUGAAUGUGUCACCAACGGCCACAAAAAGAGCCAGGUUUUAGCCGUUAAAUGUGAUAUCACGAAAGACGCUGAUAGAGUAAAUCUGGUAGGGGAAUGCGUGCGAACAUUUGGAAGGAUAGACAUUUUGAUAAACAAUGCCGGUGUUUACCGUAAGAAGAGUAUGCUGGAAGCAGAUGACAAUAUGUACGAUUUCCUAAUGGACGUCAACCUGAAGGCUCAAAUUUUCUUGACAAAAGUCGCCGUCCCUUAUCUCAAAAUGACGAAAGGAACAAUUGUGAAUCUGUCCAGCAUAGUUGCUGAAGAGGCGGUAGCACCAGCAGGUGUUUACUGUAUAUCUAAAGCAGGCAUUGACUGUGCCACGAAAGUGCUUGCAAUUGAGUUGGCAGAAUUUGGAGUGCGCGUGAAUUCGGUGCGACCAGGCACGAUGCAUACUGGCCUGUACGAUGUUGACUUUGGAGAAAACGUCUCGAAUGUGAUGAAGAGCGUCAUUUCUGAACACCCGCUUGGACGCUUAGGACUUCCGGAAGAGGUUGCUAAAGCCGUAGCCUUCCUCGCCUGCGAUCUCUCCUCCUACAGCACCGGAAACUUCUUUUUCGUGGAUGGGGGGCGCCACUGUGUUGGCGCAAGGCACAAUCCGCAUUUAAAGGCGCAGUGAUACGUUCUACAAGUCCAUUGGUUCCUUUGUCAUUCAUUUAUUUCUAACAGGGAUUUUUUUUCUCCUGACGGUGUACAUGUCAGGAGUUGUUCAAAUGACAUUAUAUGGGAAGUUAAUU